UUUUCCUCGUGUGUUCGUGGCGGGACGUUUCGCUGCGCGGAUUUCCGACUCUUACCGGAGACUAGCAGGGUUUGGGAGGAUGUCGCAGCAGGACGGGAGGUUUCUGUGCAACUGAAGCUGAGGAGGAAGUCUGCCGAUGGAUCGCGCUCACAGCCUCCUCCUGAACGAGGAGGCGCUCGGCCAGAUCGGAGAGCACCAGCGGGCCGAGUUCGUCUUCGAAUGGCUGAACCACCUGAAGAAGCUGCUGCCGGCGGCUGAGCGGGCCGACGUCAAACAGAACCAGCGGCGGCUCGUCGACCAGCUGUCGGGUGUUCUGAUUGGCUCCCCCGGCCCGCCGACCCGCUGGCUGCUGGCCCACUGCCUGGCCCUGCUGUACCGGCUGGGAGACCCCGUACCCUCCAGUUUGAUGGUGGAGAGGUGCAAUGACAUCAUCCGCAGCAAAGACGACUCGCCGUCCGGCCUCCCGACACGACUGGCGGCCAUUGCGUGUCUCGGCGCUCUGUACGAGCAGCUCGGCAGGAUGCUCGCCGGCUCCUUCAAAGACACGUUCUCCAAUCUGCUGAAGGCCAUGAAGAGCGCAGAGUCUCAGGGUCGCUACGAGAUCAUGCUGAGCAUCGAGAAGAUCCUGAGAGGGUUAGGCGUCAGCGCCGUGUCCAGCCACCGCGACAUCUACAAGGCGGCCAGGACGUGUCUGACAGACCGCUCCAUGGCCGUACGCUGUGCCGCCGCAAAGUGUCUGCUGGAGCUGCAGCGGGAGGCCGUGUUCCUGUGGACCAGCGAGCUGGAGAACGUGGCCACGCUGUGCUUCAGAGCCUUCGAAGGUUCUAACUACAACGUCAGAGUUUCUGUCGCCAAGCUGCUGGGAACUCUGCUGGCUGCAGCCGUGGAGCCGCGACCGUCCGCCGCCCCCAGGCAGGGCGUGAAGGGGCGGAGCUCCCUGGAGGAAGUGAUGGACCUGCUGUCGGCGGGUUUCCUGCGAGGAGGCGGCGGUUUCCUCCGAACCAGCGGCGACAUGCUGAAGGGGACGAGCUCCGUCAGCAAGGACGUCCGCAUCGGAGUCACACAGGCCUGUGUGGUUUUUGUCUCCACCCUCGGCGGCUCCUGGCUGGAGGCCAACUUCCCGGCCUUCCUGUCGCUGCUGAUGGAGCUGGCGUCCCACGGCCGGGCGACCCAGACGCCGGUGGACGCCGCCGUGACCCGGCGCUGCGUGUCCUUCAUCCUGAGGAGCACCCUGGGCUCUCUGCUGGGGGAGAAGGCUCAGACCAAUGCCGCCAAGCAGCUCUGUGUCGUCGUGGCGACGCAGAAACGAGCCAUCGACGCAGCUUUGAGCGACGGAAACGUGGAAACCAGAGUUUCAUCUGCAGACGUCUCGGCCAGUCAGCACAUGUUGGUCUGCUGCCUGCUGGAACUGGGAGCACUGGUCCAGGGACUGGGAUCCACGGCCGCCCCCCUCCUCACAGACACCGCCACAGCCCUCCUGGACUCAGUGGUCUCCGUCCUGCUCCACCCCGUCGCCUCGGCCCGACUCGCUGCCGCCUGGUGCCUCCGCUGCGUCGUCAUGGCGAUGCCGUCCCAGUGCUCCCCGCUGCUGGACCGCUGCGCCGAGCGACUGGUGUCGCUGAAGUCUUCCCCCGAAGCCGUGGCCGGGUACGGAGCCGCCGUCGCCGCACUGGUGGCCGCGGUGCAGCACUGCCCGCUGGGGAUACCGCACACCAAGGGCAAGGUGGUUCUGGGUCUGGCUGAGGAUCUCCUCCGUUCAGCAUCUCAGAACAGUCGCAUCUCCCUGCAGAGGACUCAGGCCGGCUGGAUGCUCGUCUCCUCCCUCAUCACUCUGGGUCCGGCGGUGGUUGAACACCACCUCUCCCGCCUCCUGCUGCUGUGGCGCUGCGUGUUUCCUGCUUCGCUCAGAGAGCAGGACAUGGAGCUGCGCCGAGGGGACUACUUUACGUGGCAGGUUACACUGGAGGGACGAGCAGGGGCGCUCAGUGCGUUGAAGAAUCUGCUGCUGCACUGCAGGGACCUCGUCACCGAUGAUAUCAUCAGCCGCCUGCUCACGCCAUUGGUCUGCGCUGUGACACUGCUCAACAAGUUGCCCGCUCUGCUCAGGUCUUACGGCAGCUCGGUUCGUUGCUGGUCGGUUGUCUACAGAUUGAGAGUUUACGAGCUGCUCGCUCUGCUGCCUCCACACACCUACCAAGAGAGCUUUGGUUUGGUGAUGAACCAGCUGGUGUCUGAUCUGUCCGGUCAGGACAACCUGAACCAGCCGUGCUCUGACCUCACGCUGCUGCCGCCGCUGUGUCACCAUGACGACCUGCCGCUGGUCGGCCCCGCCCUCCACGACACUGACCACCGGUACAUCGAGGAGCAGCUCCACAGCAGCGCUGUGGGCGGAGCCUCUCUGGACAACGACCCCUUCAGUCUCUGUGAUCAAAGUGAUGAAGCUCCAGCUCCUCUUCCUCCUCACGUCGCUCUGACCGCCGCCGCCGCAACUCUCUUCGGAGUUCUGUUCCCCCACAUCAUCUCCGCUCAGAGAGUGAAGAUUCUGGAGCAGUUUGUGGAAACAGUGAAUCAGCUGAAGGGUCAACGGCAGCAGACGGUCCAGACGCAUGUGUGUGCUGCCCUCUGCAGCCUGCUGAAGCACCAGGGCAGCGUCCGAGGCUCCUUGGGCCCGGAGGAGAUCCGUCCUCCGGCCUUGUCUCUCCUGUCGGGGGCGCUGGAGAGCAGCAGCCCUCUGAUCCGCUGCCUGGCUGCCGAAGGCCUGGCCCGGCUGGUCCAGGUGGUCGGAGACCCCGGGUUCACCUCCUCUGUCUCCCUGCUCUGCUUUGACAGGCUGAAGACGGCCCGCGAUGCAGCGUCUCGCAGUGGCUACGCUCUGGCUCUGGGGGCGCUGCAGCGAUACACCGGAGGAAUCGGCUCCCCUCAGCUCCUGUCCACCUGCCUGGGAGUUCUGUUCACGCUGAGCCAGGACAGCACCUCACCUGAGGUCCAGACCUGGUCCCUCCACAGCCUGUCCCUGGUGGUCGACUUGUCCGGCGGCCUCUAUCGGACCCACGCCGAGCCGUCCUUCACCCUGGUGCUCCGGCUGCUGCUGUCCACGCCGCCCACCCACCCCGAGGUGCACCACAGCCUGGGCCGCUGCCUGCACGGUCUCAUCACCUGCCUGGGCCCCGACCUGCAGGGUGACGGAGCGGCAGUGUCCGGGCUGCGGUCCAGCUGCCUGGUGGGAUGUGGAGUGAUGCAGGCCGGUCCAGACUGUCUGGUUCAGGCCAGAGCCAUCUCAUGUCUGCAGCAGCUGCACAUGUUCUCACCUCCACACGUGAACCUGGCCAGCCUCGUACCUGCUCUCUGCGAGAUCUUGUUGGAUUAUUCCAUGUUGGCCAACCUGUGCAGCUCCUUCCUGUGUCUACGGCGAGCCGUGGUCGCCUGUUUGCGGCAGCUGGUCCAGCGGGAGGCGCUAGAGGUUUCUGAACACGCCGUCGCUCUGGUCAAAGAGCUGCCGAGACGAGACAACACGCAGCUCGACGUCACCAUAAAGGAAGUGGGUCUGGAAGGAGCUCUGUUCACUCUGCUGGACCGAGAGUCAGAUCCAGGGCUGAGGAAGGACAUCCAGGAGACUCUGGUCCACAUGAUGGCAUCCAGCAGCAAACUGGGACACUGGUUGAAGCUCUGCAAAGACGUCCUGUCUGCAACCACAGACUGUCGAGCGCCGCUGGAGGCGAGUCAAGAGGACGAGGAGGCCGACAGCGGCCGAGACGAUGACUCAUCGGCGUUCCGAGCGCGCUCAGAGAGCAGCGGUCCGUUCACGGCGCUGCGUUGGGCCACGCGACGCUUCGCCAUGGAGUGUGUGUGUCGCAUCAUCGCUCAGUGUGAGUCAGCCGACCCGGCUCACUUCGACAUGGUUCUGGCUCAGGAGCGGCGGCUGCACGAGUCCACAGACUUCCUGGUCCUCCAUCUUGGCGACCUGGUCCGCAUGGCGUUCAUGGCGGCGACGGACCACAGCGACCAGCUGCGACUGGCCGGACUUCAGACGCUGCUGGUGAUCAUCAGACGGUUCUCCUCCAUCCCAGAACCAGAGUUCCCGGGUCAUGUGAUCCUGGAGCAGUACCAGGCCAACGUGGGAGCUGCUCUCAGACCAGCCUUCAGCGCUGAUGCUCCUCCUGAUGUCACCGCGAAGGCCUGUCAGGUGUGCAGCGCCUGGAUUGCCAGCGGCGUCGUCAGCGACCUCAGAGACCUUCGUCGCGUCCACCAAUUGCUGGCCUCCUCAUUGGCUAAGGUCCAGAGUGGGCGGGACCCGUCCAGCCAGCUGUACAACGAGGCGGCCGCUACCAUGGAGACGCUGGCUGUCCUCAAAGCCUGGGCCGAGGUUUACAUCGUCGCUGUGGAGAGAAGUCGACUGAAGGAGAGUCCUGGUGGGUCAGUUGACCUGUCGGACUCCUCCUCGACCAAUGACAGCUCAGGCUGUGAGUCGGCAGGGGUGGGACUUCUGAAGCUGGUCCAAUCAGAUCUGUCGACGCUGAGUCGUCUGUGGUUGGCGGCGCUGCAGGAUUACGCCCUGCUGACCCUCCCACAGGACUACACAGCACAGCUACCUGCAUCAGGAGGAGCUUUCUACACAGCAGAGACGGUGAACCAGGCCAGAGCUCAUUACUCCUCCAGCUGGGCUCCGGUUCUUCAGGCCUCGUCUCUGUGGCUGCACAGCUCAGGCUUCCUGAUGUCAGACGACACACCUGCCAACCUGUCCAGACCGGCCACGCCCACCUCCAUGGGCCACAGCAGCUCAGUGGGCGGAGCCAAGAGUCCAGAGGACGUAAACACCGACAGGCUGCAUCUGAUCUUAGGCAUCAGUGUGGAGUUCCUCUGUUCUCCGCACUCUGAGGACCAGAUGGAGAACAUCACUUCCUGUCUGAGAGCUCUGCAGGCACUGCUGGACGUCUCCUGGCCUCGAGCCAAGAUCGGAAACGACCAGGCUCUGAGUGUGGAGCUGCUCAGCGUCCUCCACAGACUCAUGGUGACCCGAGAGUCGGCCUCCGUUCAGCUCGCCGUGCUGGAUUUGCUGCAGCAGAUCGUGACGGCGGCUCAGGAGCACGUCAGGGAGAAGCGCCACUCAGCUGAAGUGGAUGAUGGAGCAGCAGAGAAGGAGACGCUGCCCGAGUUCGGAGAAGGACGGGACACCGGGGGUUUGAUUCCCGGCCGCUCGCUGGUGUUCGGAGCUCUGGAGCUCUGCCUCUGUGUUCUGGUCCGGAAACUCCCACAGCUGAGUCCAAAACUGGCCGGAACCAGUCCAACCGGUUGUGGUUCUUCCGCCUGGACUCUGACUGACAGCGAUUGUCGUCUCGUAGCGUCGGCGGUUUCGGUCCUUUCUGAGCUGCCGUCCGUCUGCUCUCCUGAAGGCAGCGUCUCCAUCCUCCCCACGGUCCUCUACCUGCUACUGGGAGUCCUCAGAGAGCUGGUACACCAGCCCAGCACACACACAGGCGCCCCGGCGGCGGCCCCUGGAGCCGGUCUGGUGUUGGUGGUCCAGGCCACUCUUCAGGCUCUGAAGUCCGUCCUGACGUCACCGAUGAGCCGACAGGAGAAAAGUCGAGGAGCCUGGAAGCUGCUGCUGAGAUCAGCUCUGAACACUCUGCUGACUCUCUGGGACUCUGGUUCGUCGGGUUGUUCUGUGGACCAGAUCAGCCUCCUCACUGCUCUCACCGUCUUCCUGCUGUCGGCCGGUCCGGAUGUUUGCAUCGUCGAGCCUCUGCACGCGCUCAGUCUGCGGCGCUUCACUACCAGCAUGGAGUCCAAAGACCCGCUGGUGGUGAGUCGCUGCUACCAGCUGCUGACGUCGGUGUUCCAGGCUCCGCCGGGCGUCGCUGUGCCCUACAUCCAGGCCCUCGGCCCGGCGCUGGUCCGCUUCCUCCAGAAGGUGGAACGAAGUCGACCUCAGAGUCCAGAAGAGCUGAUCGGAGUUCUGGAGGGAAUCAGAGCCAUGGAGGCUUUGAUCCAGGCUGCAGAGGAAACACAGCGUCCUCAGCUGGUCUCCGUCCUGCUUCCUCUCCUCAUCUCCUUCCUAUUGGAUGAAAACGCCCUUGGCUCCGCCCCCUCAGCGUCCCGGUCGCUGCACGAGGCGGCGCUCAAAGACCUGAUGCGUCUGGGACCCCAACACCCGGCCGUGUUCAGGUCUCUCAUCACGUCGUCUCCUCACCUCAAGUCUCGCCUCGAAGCCGCUGUCAAGGGGAACCAGGAGAGCCUGAACGCUAAAGCUAGCAGCGCUAACCGUGGCGCCGCCAAGUCCUCGCCGAGCAUCACGCUCAAAACCAACUUCCUGUGAGACGGAGGAUCGGCCCCCGUGGUGCGUUCGCUGUCCACCGGGACUGACGGUACUUCCAUCUUCUGAGUGGUGACGCCGAGUUUAGGCACUUUAGGCUGGAGCCAGACAACGACCCGUAGAGACGCUGCAUGUCACUGAACUCACCGCUGUUGGCUUUACUGAGCGGCGCUGGAGAAGCAGCACGGACGGUUCUAGAUGUUUCACAAUCACUGUUCAGGUCAGAGCCGCUGAAUCCUUCCAGACGUUGUAGUUUCACUCUGAUUUAAUGUGAGCACAGAUCUGAAACCUUUAUUCAACCUUUAUUCAACCAUUAUUCAACCUUUAUUCAACCUGCACGGAGGCUCGAUUACGGCCGAGAUGCAAUGAAAGUGUUAGAAAAGAAUAAAAGAAUAAUCAGGUUUCAUCAGUUUGAGUCGAUGCAGCCGCGACUCAAACCGAUGACCUGAAAGCGUCUGGAGGGAACAGAGCAGCAGAGACGGUGAGCAGUGACCUGAGUCGCCGUGAUGUCAAACUGUGACGACACGAACGGAGAGCAGCUGUGAGGUUCUGUUUAGUUUAUAAACAAUCAGUUGUUCUGUCACUAAUCGAUCGUAUCAAUCAGGUGGCGUCAGACAACUCUUCAGCUCCCCCUCCGUCAUGUGUUCAGCUGGAUUCAGGAUUAAACACUUUAACUUCACCAUCUAGAAGCUGCUGAGAAUCAUUUAAAGGCUCCUGACUGGUGUUCUGCCUCCAGAACCGACCCUGUAGAGCCUCCAGAAAGGAACAACGACCUCCAGGUUCUGUCCUCCUGAGCGACUGGACGGUUCUCGAUGCUGGUUGGUUAAACUCAGAGAGAACAAUAACAACAGAUGCAAAUUUUCGACAUAAAAUUCACCGUAGGUCCAAACUGAACCGACCUGCAUCCAACGGCCCGUCUCUGGACACGUUUUAGUCAUUUGAGGAUUUGUUUUUUGGGCAAAUUUUGAGUCACUUUGAAUGAAUUUCGAGUGUUUUUAGACACGUUUCAAGUCAUUAUUUACAUGUUUUUAGUCAUUUUUGACACAUUUUGAGUCAUUUUGGUCGAGUUUUAUGUAAUUUUGCUGAUUUUUUGGUCUUUUGGGACAUUUGUUGGUUAUUUUGGUCAAGUUUGAAGUAGUUUUAGAUAAAUUUUGAGUAAUUUUCUCAAAGCAUAAACCAUCAUGAGACAGGUAGAAUAAAUAGAUUGUGAUGUUUAGAUUUGGUUAGUUUUCCUGAUGAAACUGUGCCUCACAUGUGGUGCGUUCAGGGGCCAUCAGAAAGAAGAAAACCUGAUCAUUCUCUCCCAUUUCUAGCUGAUUAAUGAGCCCAUUUAUGUUUAAAGAUAACAUUCCCUUCAAAGCUUCCUGGUCAGAGGACUGAACGUCUCUGAUCCUGAAGCAGCUUCUGUCACUUUUAUCUUCAAACAUCUCCAACGAUGACGUUGGUGUCCCUUCACCAGGUUGAGUUUCCAUAGAAUUAAAUCAGACCUCGAUUCUCUCAGUAGAUUCUCUUCCUGGUUCGGAGGCAGAAUGAAACCUGUUGUUGUUGUAAAUCAGCGUUUAAUCAGAUGGUGCAUCAGAAGAGUUGUCUGCUGCCACUUUAGUAAAGCUGGAAAUUGUCACGUGAAGCUUCUCAUGCAGACGUUUGGUAACGGAGCAGCUGUUUCUGAUCAUUUUAUUAAAAUCAAUCAGCAGUCGGACGGAACAUGUCGGAAACCAGCUGAAAGCCUGAAAGCGUUUCUGUUGUCAGACGGUUUUUAUAGAGCUUCAGUUUUAACACUAAAUGUUUUAUUGUACAUGAUGUUGUUGUUUGUGGAUGAGAAAGAAUGAGCAGACCCGAGUCGAACCGCUUCCACAUGAGUCUGAGUUAACUCGUGUUUCAGCAACAACUGAGCAGGAAAAUGCUGUGAACUAACUAACGGAUGUUUUUACGGCACGAGGACUGAAGGCGGUUUAGUUUCCGGUUAUUUCCUGAAACUGAUGGAUAACAUUAGUUUGGAGGAGAAUCAGGCAGCAGGUAGGAAGAGAAGAAACCUCAAGUCUGACUUAGUUUGACUUUUGUGUCCAAUUUAGAAAUGCAAACAAAUAUCAUUUUAGUAUCACAGAAAUGAAUUUAUCUGUAAACGUGCUCCUGGUCACGUAUUCUCCUGACGAGUGAAACAUUAAAAAAAUAGAAAAAUCUGAGCUGAAAGUGUCAGAAGUUCAAGUUAAAGAUGUUUAGAACUGGAUCAUCGCCGGUUUCUCUUUAGGCUUAAUCAUCCUGAGCUACAGUCUGGUGUCUCGGUUUAUUUCAUGUUCUAUUAAUGAGCAAACCAGCUUUUUGCAGGCGUAAAAAAUGACUUUAAACCAACAAACUGAUCGAGCCGCUGCAGGAAACCUUUAAAAGCAGUAAAAUAAAGCUCAGAAAAUCAAGUUAAUGAUGUUUGAAACCAGAUUUGACUGGAUGUGACUGAUUGAGCCGCUGCAGAAAACAUCGAAACUUUGCAAAGUGAAGCUCAGAUUUCAGCUUCUGAAGAAGUUCACGUUACAGAUGCUUAAAGCUGGAUCAUCAGCGGUGUCUCUUUAGGUUUAAUCCUCCUGAGGAACAAUCAGCUCUUCUGCCUUUUAUAAAAAAUGUCCUUUUUGCAGCAUUUACCUGCUUAGUUUCCCAAAAUAGAUCCUGGACCUCAUCUUUGACCUGAUCAUCUCCUCCAGACUGGAUCCAGAAAGUGACUUAACGUCUUGAUCAGUGUUUGUGUGAUCAGAGGUUUUACCACCUGAUGCUGUGAGUCUGUCAGUGAAGUAUUCAAUCAGUUGAAAUGUCUUCUAAUGAAUGAAUGAAUGUCAGAAACCGAAGAUGAAGUUUAUUUUUUUGUCAAGUAAAUGUGUAGGAUUCAGUUUGUUCUGACCAAUCACAUGUAGCGACGUGUACGGCAGCCUGAGAGGGACAAUUCAGCACUUUAGUCCGAUAACAACACAGCAGCAGUAAGCAGAAUGUACGUUUGUCUUAACUGUGAAUGUUCGUCUUUACCGACCUGCAACACAAACCAGGUGAGCUUCGGUCUUCCAGCUUCACGCACACGCCUGCUGCUCUCUCACCUGGUGACUCACCUGUCCAGGUGUGAGCCAGUCAGUGCAGUUAUUAAUGUGCUCUUUUCUAACAGCAGCAGAGAAUGAAUAAAACAUGUUUAAACUCAC